AAACCAAUUGUAGUAGAUGAUCAGUAACAAGGCCUGGAGCAAGGACCAGAUGAGCUGCUCAAAAUAAAUGGUUUCAGCUGUUGCUUCAGGACGUCAAACCCUAGGAGCAAGUAAAGUAGCCCAUUCAUUCAUUUUCCUCCCUCGAAGUCCAACUCCGGAGAAGAAGCAAAGCCGAAGACUUUCUUCUUCCCCACUGCCUCUCCUGUCCUUUCACGCAUUCAUGGCAGCACAUGCCUUGGAAGGAGGAGGAAGAAAGCUCCGUUCAAAGUAGUGUCCUGAUCCCAGUGCUGCUUUCCCUCGACUCCGGUCCACUGUGUCACGGACACGCACAAACGGAACCAUCUAUCUCCCUCGGCUUACUCACUCGCAGUCGGCUGCAAUGGCGAAAAGCCUCUCGCAUUCAAUUCACGAUUCUCUCUCCUACAUAUCCAUCUGGGGGUUUGGGAGCGAUAACAGUGGGAAUGGGACGAUCUCCAUGCUGUGACAAGCAAGGGUUGAAGAAAGGGCCGUGGACGCCGGAGGAGGACAAGAUCCUUGUCGACUUCAUCCAGUCCCAUGGCCAUGGCAGCUGGCGCUCUCUUCCAAAGCUCGCAGGUCUGCUUCGAUGCGGCAAGAGCUGCCGGCUACGGUGGACGAACUAUCUCCGGCCCGACAUCAAGCGCGGCCCCUUCACUCCGGAGGAAGACAAGUCCAUCAUCCAACUCCACGCCAUCCUCGGCAACAAGUGGUCGGCGAUAGCAGCGCAGCUGCCGGGGCGGACGGACAACGAAGUCAAGAACUACUGGAACACCCACCUCAAGAAGCGCCUCCUCGUCCACCAACACCACCACCACAACCACCACCAACGCCUGCACAUGUCCUCAUCCACCGCGACCGGUAGCCACAUGGCGCAGUGGGAGAGCGCCCGACUAGAGGCUGAGGCGCGCCUCUCACGUGAGUCCUUCCUCUUCUCCAGCUCUACCACCGCGGCCGCCUCAUCCGCCGCUCCCUUCGCCGGCGCCGUCUCAGAGCCCGACUCCGACCUCCCGCCUCGCGCGGCCGAGCCCGACUUCUUCCUCCGCAUCUGGAACUCCGAGGUCGGUGCCGCCUUCCGACGCCGCUCUCCGGACUGCGCGUCGACGCGCAGCUCGGCACCGGCCCGGGAGGAGGCGGAGAGCAAGAGUUGCGUGACGGUGGGGCACCCGGCGGCGGCAGCGGCGGCGGCGGCGGGGAUGGACGUCGACUCGAUCGGGUCGAACGAGGUCGCGGAAGAGACGGAGGACGAGGAGGCGUACCAACUGUAUCUUGACUUCCCGGGCGACGACCUGGGCUUGUUCACCGUGCAACUCUCCUCCCUCUUCUCCGCCGACCUCAACGAGGCUUACUUCGACACUGCCUUCAAAUGACAAGCACCACAAGCCUCGUCCUCCUCGUGUGUUCGUGUUGGCGUUGGAUUCCGUCGUAAGAUUCUGUGGUGCGUAGCCCACAAUUUAGGCGAUAUUUUUGGUAUCCAGGAUGGAGCUUCCAUUUAUAACGAGCUUGUGGUUGAUGGAUGAUGUAACCAUGGAGAUGUCCAUACUUGCAGUGAUCUCAUACGUUUUUGUUUGAUGUGCAUCUUUUGAAAGUGGCACUAAGAACAUUUUGGU